CAUAACACAACUCGCUCAGAGACACAACUGUGAACGCGGGCGACUCCGUCGCUAGGCGCCGGCUGUCAGGCACACGAUGCAAAGUGUUGAUGAUUUCUUGGGAAAGUUUCUUAACUAUGGUUGUCGUAUGCGAUGUUGCCUCCACCAAGGGUGUUUGUUAGCAUCAGCAUUGGUUUGGUACCUUGAACAAAGAGGGAAUGGUCUUGAUGGUGUGAUUGUGUUUACCGUAAAUGCUGCAAUUAAUGCUUCUACUCAAUUAACCUAUUCUAAACAAGCAACCACAGUUAUCUGUAAUUACUCAAAUAGGAUUGACAUUAACAGCUGUGACUGCUGCAGGUGUCAGGCUUGUGCAAAAUUCCGAAUUGAACUAAGAAUACCUCCCAAACUCCAAUUCUAUGCCAUGAAUAUGAAUUGAGCUUGCAAACAGAAGGUAGAAUUGCAAGCAUGUUAAAUUGCAAUGAAUUUAAUCCUUCUAAUUCCAAUUCAACAUCCUGUGGGGUGGAGCCCAAAUUCAAAUUUUGUAAUUUUGCACUAGUGGCAUAUCGUUUUUAUAUUAACGACACAAGAUCAGUUUCUGAAGGCACUUGCUUCAAACAUACUGCAAACAUCAUAUCCCGCCUUUGCUGUUAGCUAAUGAUAGAUAUUUGGCAAAGUUUAGCUAUUAACAUUAGCUAUUUUUGAAUGUACAUUCGUCCCUCUUCAUUUUGCUGUUCCAAUUUCGUAGCUUCAUUCUUAUCACGGUUUUUCAAAAAUAAAUGAAUAAAUCAUACUGUUUUGUGGUUGAAGACAGCCUAUUAUCAGCCAAAACAUAUGCAUAUUUAAGCAAAUGUUACAUAUUUUUGCCUAAAUUAAGCAUUUUCAAGCAUAAAAAUGGCUAAAUAAACACAAAAGACACCCUGAAAGAUGAUGAUAUAUUCCACACUGGUCACUAGAUGUCAGUAAUGUUACUGUAAUGUUCGGUGAAACACACAAAGACCGGAUUUGAUCACCAAAACAGACUUUUAUUGUAGGUUUGAAUUAUCUCACAACAGGCACAAUAAUCCCUAAUUAAAAUUCUUAAUAAAAACACAGGCUACUGUUACGGCCGUAACGCAUGGCAAGAUGAAAUGCAACUCUGAACCCCGACAUCACUUCCUGUGUGCUACUCACUCUGCUCCCUUGGGGAACACAUUUUUAGAAACACACACACACAAUAUAGACAUUAUUUGGUACAGUCUGUUCUUUUAAACCACUAUUGGUAACAUAUGCCAGUCGGUGGUGGCAUAUAGUCCCUUUAAAACAUUAACAAGUUAUAUAUGAUGACAUUUUGGAAGUCCAAUUAAUUCCAGUUAUCACUCUUUGCAAUUUAGGCAAAUAAUUUGUUAAUAAUGAGUUAACUAGCAAGCUGUCAGGAUUAUGUAAAAACAGUAAAAGUGAUUUCCUCCAAACUUUUAUAGAGAAAUGGCAUAUGUAUCAUUACAUUUUGGUUCAGUUUGGGAUAAAAAUGUAGCUCCAAUAAUGUGUUUUUUUUUUGCUACGGUUCACUUGCAUUGGGGCUACAGUAUGUGGUGCAGUGGAGCUGUCGUAAAAUAGAGCUUACAUUACUGACAUCUACUGGACUGGAGUGGAGUGGAAGAGCAUAGCCUGGCAGGUCUUCACUGCCAAAGACGUCUAUAGACGUCUAUAGAUGUCUUUUCAAAAAGUAACGUUGACUGCCAAAGACUUCUAUCGGCGUCUUUUGCUUUUUUUUUUUUAGCGGGAGCAACAGAUCAAAGUCUACAUCUUGUGUGUGAAUUUCCGACUUGUAGGCAAUGUAUAUUUGUCCCAAUAGGGGGCAACAGUUAUCUUUCCCUCCAAUCGGCAGUGACAGACUGGCUAUGAAGAAGACGGAUGUUGGUGGAUUGUGGGUUGAGAGAGGAAAAUGGCGAAACACAUACAGGAAUCGAGCAGCGACAGAAAACAUACAGGCAGCUGAUAUUGAGCUUGUCUGACGGUGGCUCUGCCUUUAGUAGUGACGCGAUCGCGAAAGAUAGAGGUGACAUGGGUGAUGUAGGUGACGUAGACACAAAUGCAGUUGACACUGGCAACCGGAGCAACAAGCUAGCGGUUAGCGUUGCUGAGCCAUGGGGCGCGACGCCGGAUCCUGACACCGCAAGCAGUUCAGAGUCGGGUGACUCAGAAACCGACCCUGAUUCUUCUCACGAGUGGCUGCCGUCUGGAUCGGUCAGCAGCAGGGAUUCAUCACCACAUCUGUGGGGAUCCAGCAGACCUCAUCGUCACUCAGGGAGUACAGACCCUGGAUUUAGUGGAGUACCCACACCCACAGAGUGUGUGAGAAUCAAAGUCCCUGAAUCAACUAGAGGUCGAGCUACAACCAGAGGUCGUGCAUCAAUCAGACAUGGUGUGAAAGACUCUGGUUGGCAUCAAGGCGACUGGCAACCACAGACAUUCCCAUUCACGGCAACCCCUGGACCACAGAAUGCUGCUGCGGAGCUGGAGUCUGACCUGCCAGCAGACUUCCUCGAGCUAAUUCUGACAGACGAUCUGCUCCAGCACAUUGCGGACCAGACAAACCUGUAUGCCAAGCAGUUUUUCCAGGCACAUCCUGACACUCUGCCACAUAGUAGAGGCAAGGUAUGGAAGCCAGUGUCUGUCCCAGAGCUGAAAACAUUCUUUGGACUUAGUUUCCUUACUGGAUACAUCAAAAAGCCUAACCUUGAGCUGUAUUGGAGUGUUGAUGAAAUAGACGCCACUCCAUAUUUCAGCCAGACCAUGCCAAGGAACAGGUUUCAGCUUAUCUGGAGAUUCCUGCAUUAUAAUAAUAAUGCAUCACAGGACGCAACAGACAAAAUGUAUAAAGUUCGUCCUGUGUUAGACUAUAUUGUUUCGAAGUUCAAAGAGCUUUAUCAGCCCUUUGAGAACAUUUGCAUUGAUGAGUGGAUGAUGAAGUGGCGUGGCCGCCUAUCAUUUAAGGUGUACAACCCACAGAAGCCCAUAAAGUACGGUAUUAAAUCGUACAUACUCUGUGACUCAUACUCGGGGUACUGUUACAACAUGCAACCUGAUGUUGGGCAAGCAAGGAGUCUUCCAGACACAGUGUUCUCCCUCCUUGACCGUCUCCCAGGUCAUGGAUACACGCUCUUCAUGGACAAUUUCUACAACUCUGUUGCACUGUGUGAGCAAUUAUUGAAAUCCAAAACCAAUGUCUGUGGAACACUGAGGAAAAACAGGGGGGAACCUCAGAUCUUCAGGGAGCUGACCAAGAGUGACCUGGGUGUGGAGGGGAAACUUGUGCGUCACAAUGGCAGGGUGCUGGUUGUGGCAUGGCAGGAAAAGCGUCUGGUGAAGAUGGUGACAACCUGCCACCAUGACACCAUGCAGAGGGUUGAGGUGUGGCAGAAGGGACAUAAGGAGAUGGAGGUUCAGUUGAAGCCAGAGUGUAUUGUGGCGUACAAUGCAUGCAUGAACGGGGUAGAUAAAAUGGACCAAAACAUUGCCUACCACCCCUUCAUCCGCAAAUCACUGAACUGGCCAAAGAAGUUUGUGGCAUACCUCUUUCAAGUGGCUAUGUUCAACGCUUUUGUGCUGUACAAAGCCAGGAACCCAGGGAAAUGUCGAACUCUCUUGGAGUUCAUGAAGAGUGUGGUGAAGUCAUGGACUGCAAAGCGACACGUAGCGAAGGAGGAGGAAGUUGGAGGUGUGGAGGUUGAGGAGGGCCGACCAACUACUAGGGCACCAUACAACCACGACCCAAGUAGCAGGCUAGAUGGCCAAAUGGGCAAGCAUCAGCUGGAAUACCUGAUGCCCACCAGCAAGAAGCCAAGGCCGUCAAGGAAAUGUAGGGUCUGUGCACGGAGGGGUCAAAGGAGCGAGACCAAAAUGUGGUGCAGGUCCUGCUGUGUCCCCCUGCACGCAGGAGAAUGUUACACGGCCUACCACACUAAGCUCAAGUACUCUUGAGUAGACACACUGUAUAUAACAUCUGUAAAUAGUUUACCCACACACACACUCUUCUAUAAAUAGUUUACACACACGUCUAUAGCUUACACACACAUAAACACGUCUAUAGUUUACACACGCACACACACACGUCUGUGGUUUACGCACACCUGUAAAUAGUUCAAACACAUGCAAACAUCUGUAAAUACAUGAUUUUGUGUUAUGUUUUAUGCGUUGUUUUAAGUCUGUGAAUAAAUGCAGUUAUUUUGUCUUCAAAAUCAUUUUUUCUUGUGUUAUUUUUGUUGUUUCAUAGCACUAAGCAACCGUUUGGACGUUUGAGGUGUCACUAAAACUAAAAAAAUAUGGACGUCAGUCACCAUUCUGCUUGAAUUUGCCUCUCUGCAGAAAAAGCUUGUUUUCUCUGUUUUUUGGUCAAAAUCAGGGCUUUUGCUGAAACUACCCUAUGUUCUACCACCAAUUUCUAAAGACCCAAAAAGGCUAGAAACAAACUUUUUUCUGAUGAAAGAAAAGAGUCUAAAGUUUCUUUGGUGUCAAUGUUUAUGUAGUCAUAAAAGUCAAUAUUCUGUGGGUCUUGAAAGUUCAACAAAAAUGCUCAAAAAGUCUCUGAACAUGCCUGGCAGUCAAUUGCUGUACUUCCAUUGUCGUUAGUUGUUUUGAAAACACAGCCGUCCAUUCAUUGUUUAGUUUCAUUUGCAUUGUUGAACAGUAAAUGCUUGUGGUUAAUCAAUUCAGCGCUAAAAGCCUUUUGAAGCAGGAUAUUUUGACCUCCUGUGCUGUGUGUUUUAUGCAAAUAGCUUUCCCUUCACAAGCGUGCCAAACACAGAUCAAAGGUGAGACAAUGGACUGGAAACAAGCUCGCAAGCUUGCUUGUUCUGCAGGUGCGCGUCAACUAGCGGUGUUCCCGGGCGGAAGUAACAGCUUGAUAAGUCACCUCUGCAGCGUCUUCUAUUAUUCUAGCAACACAGAGCAGCACCGAGCGCUUGCAAAGGGAGGAGCGAUAAAACGCGCAGUCUGACAUUGAUGUGCUCUUGCGAGGGAGGUGGGGUUAAAUUGAGAUGCAAGAGGCCCCAACGGAUCAGUCGGGCACCUGAAUUCCACAUAUUGCAUUCCGCCUGGUUGAAGUUUGUCUUUCCCCAGACAGAUGGUGUCUGCCGCAGCUUUCAAGCGCUCAAAAUUUACACACACUUCGAGAAGAGUGGAGCAGAGAUGGUAUAUUCUGACACUUGACUCAGGAAAAAGUGUUUUUUUGGAGGGGGACAUUGCAUGAGGGCUUUUCAUUACAGGCAAAAAAUAUACCCAUGUCCAAAAUAUUUACAGUAUAUUGAUAUAUUGGUUAAUAAAGGUGCCCUAUUAUUGAAAAUUACCUUUUUAAUGAUGUUCCAACGGUAAUAUGUGUCCCUAGAGCCUUUAUAAGCACAAAGCAUGCGAAAAAUCUACCAACUCCCUCGCUUGUUUGGUCCUCUUUUGAUAGAAGAGGCGCUCAAACGGCCGCUUUUGACAUCAUAAACGAAAACGUUCCUUCCUCAUGGACAUGAUACUGCCUCUGACCCGCCCCUAGCUCGAAGAGCCUGCCCGUGUAUACAUCCAUCACUUUACGGAGGACCGUAAAAAAAAGGAACAAAAGGCUUCGCCACACAUCUUAAAAUAAAGCCUGCCAACUAUCAGUCAGUCAGCUACAGACAUGGGAGCUGUAAGUUUGAUUUUUUUUUUUUUUUCAGCAAACGGUCUAACUAAGCAUGAUAUUGCUGUUAAAAUGUGAGUGUAAUGUUAGCACUGUAGCUCACAUAGCUAUGCUAGUGUUGUGUCCGCCUGUCAAACUCCUUAAUGUUACAUUAUUGUAUGUGAAAUAAGGCAUCUGUUACGUUGGUCAGAGCAGAGUUACAGUGCAUGUUUAAAAAGUGGAUAAAGUGACCAAAAAUAGCGCUUUUCGGAGACAUACAUUGUCAGAGACAACCAGAACUCAUUAGCAUUAAAGCUAUAGACACACACAAAACACUGGGUUCCCAGUAGGGCUGAAGUAAAAAAGCACUUUCAAACUGUCAGCAUCAAGGCUUGCUUUUGGAUUACACACUUCCAAUACGCUAUUUGAAACAAAAAAAAAAACAAACAAACAAAAAAAGAGUAUAAUAUGUGACCCAUAAGUUUGAUAACAUUGAAUCUAUCGUGCAAGACGGCACUUCUUCCUCUGACACUGGCAACAAAAGUACAUUUUUCAGUACAUUUCAGUGGGCUGUGGAAUGGACUGUGGAAUGCCCAACCUCUUCCUGUAAGGCUGCAGUUAUCAAAGACAAACUAAUCCCCCGUCUAAUAUAGUCCAAAGCCCGCCUUAAUGAGGACACCUGAGGUUUGUGCUAAUUGUACUGCACAAAAGCAAAACAGGACGACUGUGCGUCUUAAUGUGUGUAGCAUACAUACAUAGAGACACCCUCAUUUGGUUCCAGAGCAUGCUGAGGAAGUAUUUUAGUGGAGCACAUCCACAAAAUCCCAUCCAUCUCCAAAACAAGGACAGGCGAGUAUGCAUCAACAGCCUUGUGCAAAAGUGUGUUUUGAGAUUCCUGUAAAGCUCAAACAAAGUAGAGCUGACCCUGAGAAUGCAGCGGGAAUGCUCAAUGUGCAGGCUUUUAAAGGGCCGCCUACUUUUGACCACCUGUCUGACCGAUUAACUGACUGGUGCAAAAGAAAGAGGGGAAAUUAGAUCACUCAUCCCGCCUACACCACCUCUUUGAUGGGUGACAUUGACAGAUUUAUUGAAUUCAUGACACCAUUUCAUCACGUCUUUUAAGACAAAAUGCCUUACAAAUGCAUUAUCAUAAAAUAAAUGGCAUUAAAAAAUGACCAAAAAUAAUAGCAGAAAUUUAAAAUUAAAUUAAAUUAAGAACAAAAAAUGUAAAAUACCAGUAUACGCUAUGCAAAAUGCUAGAAUGCUUUUAAAUCAAUCUCAAUGUCAUUAGAAAUAUUCUUAAAAACACUAUUAAAUUACAAAAAGUCAUGAAAUAAUUAAAAAAGGUUAUGAAAUAUAUAAAUUGAUUUUGAAAUUUACACAGUAGCCCUUCGUUGAUUGCGGUUAAUUGGUUCAAAACCCAAGCCUGAAAAGUGAAUUUCCUCAAAGUAGGAUUCCGUAUUUAUAAAUGGAGGAUUUUCAUAGUUACAGGCUAGAAAACCUGUUUACGACCUUCUAAAUAUGGGUUUUAACAUUAAUAGAGCCCUCUAGACAUGAAAUAACACCCCUAUAGUCACUUUUACACUCAUAUUACCCAAUAGACAUAAUACAAACAUAAAACAUAAGUCAUAUAAGACAUAAAUAACACAUAAUAUAGACUCUCUCAUACACACACACACACACACACACACACAUCAGCAGUGCUAGUUCUGCUUAUUAUGAGCAACGUUGGCCUUGUUUUUGUUUUUGUAAAGUCACUUCCCAAGUUCCCUGUUGUUUUGGGCUUGUUUUCAGAGAGAUUACUUCUCUCGCAAGACCUGGCAACACAGACACACGUAUCACUAGCAUAUGGUUUGUUCUAUUUGAUACGCUUACUACACACUUAUAUAGUCAUAAUACUUACGUACUUGUACAUUAUAAUUACACACACACAGUUCUAACAUACAACCUCGGAAAAUACUGUAACUUGUUCAAUGAUGAUGGAUGGAUACUUUAUUCAUCUCCAAGAGAAUUUCACAUUUCCAGCAGCUCUGCAAAAAUGUCAUAAUAAACGUAAUCACUUGAAACUAAAACAAACAAGGCAAGAUAGAAGCGAUAAGAAAAUAGAAUAAAAAUAUGCUACGUUAGAUACGCAUACUGAGGCCUUUGUCUUGGAAUGGGUGAGUACAGUAUGGCUUCUGAAUUCAUUAUAUUUGUAUUUUAGUUCAUUUAGCCAUUUUUCAUGCUUGAAAAUGCUUAAUUUAGGCCAAAGACAUGUACAAUUUGCUUAAAUAUGCAUAUUUUUUUUUACUAAUAACAGGCCGUACUCAACAGCAAAACAGCGAGGAACCGUAAUAUUACUUUUUAAUGAAUAUAUUUGUGAAAAAACGCGCUAGAGUGAAGCCGCGAAAGUCAAAGCGGGAAGUUACGAGGGAUGACUGUAACCACUGGUCAUAAAAUAAUAAAUAACUUCUAAAUAAUUAUGAAAUAUUAUAUUUCACAAUUAGAACAAUAGUAAUAAUACCGCAUCUUAAGUCAUGUAAACAUUAACGUUAACCAAUGAGAACAUUUAAGAGGUAAAACGUGAUGUGCAGCUUCAAAGGAGGAUUUUUUUGGUUGAAUUCUGAACUACACGACCCCAAGGGCUCCACUAUGAUUUAUUCCUGGCGACAGCGUCUUUCAGACUUCACAUUCAGAGUUUGUGAGGUUAAGUGCAAUUUGUCAGUGGGAAAACACAGUGUUUUUGAUGGAGCAUGUGGGAGAGAACAGUAGGCUGGACACAGUCACUGAGUGGGCCGAGGAUCGGGAAGGCAAGCCAGGCAUCUGGAGCAACAGACUUGAUGCCAAGCUGCGACCUUUCGAGAGUUGGGACUGCUUAAUAAAUAAAUAGAGAAAUAAAUAAGAAGGAGAGAAGAGGAGUUUGGAGCCGUGCCCGUAUGCGUGAGUGUGUUGUUUUGUGCGUGGACGUACUAAGAACAUGUGAGCUCCUCCUGCAGUAUACUGUAUGCAGAGAAACAUUGCUUGGGAUGAUCGCUUUGCUGAGGGGGUGUGACCGUAGGAGGGUUAUGCAGCAAGUAAAAGAAUGGACUGUGUCGGCAUUAGAGGAUUAAACUUAGCAGCAGAGCUGAUCUGGAGAAUGGAGAAUCAAUAAAUAGCAGCCUGACAGUGGCAGCGUGUUUAUUAUAUAUAUAUGCAGCGUCACAAUCAUAUAUGACUUUGACCGUGGCUUCACGACUCAGGUGCAUUUGCUUAAUCAAAACGAUGUACAGUUUGGCUUUUAGGAAGGUCAAACUGUGCAGAAAGACAAACUGGAGUAACCCAAGGCACAACAUCAUGUUGUGUUUACACCGGUUGUUAUUGUCAGCAGGUCUUUGACAAUGAAUGGUAGGAAGUAAUUUCAUAAUACGUGACAUUAUGAGGAAGAUGCACAAUACAGCCCUCGCCAGCAUCGAAAGCAGGAGUGUCCAAAGUGCGCACUGGAGUGCAUUUUCGGCCCGCAGCUUGUUUUCUAUGGGCCCUUGGUAUAUUGUAUAUAUUGCCACCUAUAACACAAAGCUAAGAUGUUUAUGUAUUGUUCAGAGAUAGCUUAGCAUACACCGACCUACACUGCAUUGGUUUUAGCAUCUUUAAAAGUACAACAUGUAUCAACGUGACCCCCUGCAUCCUUCAAUUUUUAUGUAGUUGGCUCCUGAUCUAAAGCCAAAUAUUGCGUUUUUCUUCAGUUUUUUUGGGGUUGUUUGUCUAAUGCCAUCACAGAAGCGUACCAGCGACGGCAAAGAGAAGAAGUGUGAUGAUAACCAUAAAACCAAAAAUGAUACUCACUGCGACAUAGGGAAGGAUCUUGAAGGAACAUGAAAAAGCAGCAAGACCUAUGAAACACCAGUAGGUGACAGCAUAAUUCAUUCUCAUUACGACUCUGUUCAAAGAGUGAGUCGUUUUACUUUAGUUUUAGUUUUAUUAUACAGUGGUUAGCUUCUUUUUAUCCUUGUAUGACAGGUUAGGAAUGUUAAAUGCAAACAUUGUCUGUAAAGCUAUAAAAGGUCUGAUGGCAGCAGUUUACCCUGGAACAGAUUGAUUCACUUUAUCUAUGGAGAGGAACUUCUUUUGUGGUUAGAACAACUUGGAAGUCAACCAAUAUCGUAGAAAUGUAACUGAAAUGAUGUUAAGUUUGUCUCCUGUGGUUAUCCUGUUUAACAUAACCACCAAGAGGAAAGAAUGUUGUUAUUCAUAAAAUUAUGCUUUUUGUGAUGACACCACACAAGGGUACCAAUGAUGGCAAAGAGGGAGAGUGUGCUGAUAACCACAGAACCAGAAAUGGACAUGUUGUUUUACUUUAUUUUAGUUUUAUUAUACAUCUCUUUAUACUUGUGUGGCAGUCAAGGUUGACCCUAACACAGACCAAUUGACUAUCAAUGGGAAAACCUGGUUUGAAAUUUGAAAGUCAACCAAUGAACAAGAAGUGAUUGUGUUCAAGCUCAGAGGUUCCACUGAGUUUUUCCCCAGCUUUAACAAUCAUUAACCACCCCUCAGAAGCGGCAUGAUGAUGCAGAUUAUGGCUUCAGUUUGCCCAAACCAAUCAUGGCUGCCAUAUUUAAACAACAGAACAGGCAAAAAAAAGGGUCACGAUUCAAAUUCUCUCCUUUACUCACAGGAAACUUAGCUGGCUUUUUAAUUUUAAAUGAUCUCCUUGAUGACUCCAAACACUCUAUUUGCAGAGACUCAAAGCAGCUGCCAUCACAGGAAGUCAAUAGAGUCAAAACAACCGCACUCUCACUGCAGAGAGACGGCGCCCCGACGCCUUUCUGCUAUAUAUAGACGUCGGCGCAUUGAACAGUUUAUUUUUGCAAACAGGAUUGGGCGACGUGAAUGUGACUUGCACGCUAAUAAGGACGCAUUGGCAGCGUUAUUUGGUGCACCUGCAUAAUCCUAAUGAGAUUUGUAUCAAACAUUCUGCCUCCUGUUCACUUUUGAUUGACACUGUCAGAGAUUGGACGGCUGUGACAUUGCUGUAUGUCCUA